AUGAUCACACCGCGCUUCUCGUGCUCCCAAUCCGAAGAUGCAGUCAUCGUGACCAUGUACUGCCCCUCUGUUCGAGCGUCGGACGUCGAAAUCAGCGUGGAUGACACACUCUUCAGCAUUCAUGUCAAUCCAUAUUUCCUACGGCUCAAUUUUCCUCAUCCACUCCGAGGGGACGAGGACGCCUCCGCGUCAUAUGAUGCCGGCACCGGGUACCUGACCGUAUCGUUAAACAAGGAGACGAAGGGGCAGGACUUCAAGGACCUGGAUCUGCUGGCUAAAUUGCUUGCACCCCGCCCGGCCGAACAAAUCCCAGAAGAGCCUGGGAUAGAAGUGCUGGCAUCGGAAGAUGCGCACAGGGAUGACGACAGUGAACUCGCCGAACGUGCACAGCAGCUGACGCUCGAGCAGCGAGAGAUACUGGAAGCCGCAAAUAAUGAUUGGCAGUUACCCCAGGAAACUCCAGAGCCUCUACCUCCGUUGCGUACCACGCCCGAACACCGAUACGGUUUCCUCGACAUGCAUAUAGGGUACUUCCGACAUGUCGCACACGCUGAGAAUGAGGUCAACGAGCUGGGCCCUGACGCGGAAACGAUGCCUCCCGCCGAGCGGCGCAAGAGACGCCUCAUCCACGAGCAGGAAAAAUGGGACGACGAAUACUACAUGGCAGAUUUCGUCGAUGAUGAGUACAUACAGGAACUCCUCGCCUGGGCGAGUCCAGUCGCGGGUACGACGGACGGGCACCAUUUCACCGAAGAGGAAAACGCCACGAUGCUCCGUCUCCCACGCAAGGAAUAUUCAACCAUCCCGCAGCAGACCCACGACCUUUACCUCACUCUACUGACACUGCUUUUCUCGUACGCAUACGAGACACGUACAACGCAGCAAGAUCCCACUCCUGAGAGCGCAUGGACGCUCGCCUCCCUAACUCCAGCCUUCUCCGCGCUCGAUCCUGCUCCCUAUCACGCUCUUCCCGAACGGUCGAACCCUGCGUCGUUCACUGAAACCGAACUCUCCGCGACAUUCGUCGCGUCCUAUCGGCGCGCGCUCGCCUUCCCACUAUUCCGCUCGUUCGCCCUGGCCGAGCGGUGCCGUGCAGACGUCGUCGACAUCCUCGCAGGAGGCCGGCGCCUGGUGACACGCUGCUUGCUCGGGAUGAAGCACGUACUCGACCACCACGAGGUGUAUUAUGUAUACAGCAAAGUGUGGGUAGACGACUACUGCGUAUGGACGCUCGCAUAUACCAGGCAUGCUCUUUUCCCUUCUCUAUCACGGAAAAUCGCAGGCCUCAAGAUAGCAAAGAGCAUGGUCGGCUGGGACCUUGACGAGCUCGAAUCGGCGGCGCUUGAGGAAACGGAGAGGCAAUCGGACAGCGACGACGAAUCUGAGGAUGAAAUCGAGCAAAUGCUGCCUGCUCCCCUCUGA